AUGACACCCUCCGGUGUCGCCGAUCUGGCAUAUUCUGGGAGCUUUGAACUAACUCUGUCACCCCGUGCACCCCUGUUCAACGGGAUGUGCACGUGGGAUCUUCACAGCCCCAGCCUCAACUCAGACAACAUCACCGAGAACAAAGACGUCAAGAAAUGGGUGGACAGCUACCUCGGAGUUGGCGAGUGGGUGAUGGAUCAAUCUGUCGCUGUGAUGGGCUCAUCCGCCUGGUUUGAACGCCGCCGAUGA